GGCCUUUUGGCUAAGAUCAAGUGUAGCGAAGUCUCGAGUAAAAGUCCCAGACAAUUCGUGAGUCUCCUUCCUUGUUCCCUUUUCCGAAUCGGAGCGGUUUCUUCCACCGGCGAUCAGAACCCAGCAAAAAUUUUCUGCCACUGUCGCCCGCCGUGGGUCGCUAACCGGGAAGCGAGACCCUGACACCCGCCGCGUCUCCGUUAGCUCUUUUUCCUUCGGCACACUCCAGAGACCAGACGAGGUGGUUUCUCAUAGAAAGUCACCGUCCCCCCUUCUUCAUCCUCAGAAUUUCCUUGUCACUAGCCGCGAUCACUGUCACGUAGCCAUGCUCGAAGCUGUGAUUUCGAAUACCCUUCGAAAGCUUGGCUUGAUCUGGUGGAAUCUGGAACAAACUGUGGGCAGCCGCAUCUUACACGGUAUUCUGGGAGACCUCAAGCGUACAUUGGAAACAUUGCAAGUCUUGGCCCCUAAUGGAGAGAAGGCAAGAGUGACAGAUAGAUUUCCUACGCUUUGGGUCGAAGACGUCAAAAGCUUAUGCUACCUUGUGGACGACUUGUUGGACCAGUGGGAGAUUGAUGACAUUAAUGGUCGGCACCGCCAAUCUUACCUACUGUCGAGGCUUUGCUUCGGCUGCCAUGGUAGUAGGUACGUGAUCUAUGGUAAGUUGAAGGAGCUAAAUGACAAUCUGAUCUUGCUCACCCAGGAUGCAAAGUCGGCUGGCAUUACUGCAGAGGUGGUGAAUGAGCCAUUUGAUUCCUGUCGUCUCACCUCUUCUUUGUUUGACCCCGAUAAGGUGGUGGGUAGAGAGAUGGAGAAGAGAGCACUGGUGAACAUGUUAGUCAAGCACACUCAUCAUGACAAUCCCAGUGAAGCUGUUCAUCAACCAUGUCCUGGUAUCAUCUCCAUCGUUGGGUAUGUGGGCAUUGGCAAAACUAUGUUGGCCAAGCUAGUUUACAGUGAUCCCGUGAUAGCUCAUCACUUUGAGCUUCGCAUUUGGGUGUGUGUCUCGGAGAAGUUUGAAGAGAUGUCUAUAGCCAAAUCAAUUAUUCAGCAAGUCCUCCCUGUAGAUUCCAGGGGCGGGGGACUGGGCUCCUCUGGUAUUCUGCCCGAGUUAGCAAGGAGAAUUGCAGGAAAAAGGUUUCUUCUUGUUCUCGACGAUGUGUGGGAAGAAGACCCUAAUAAAUGGAAUUCUAUCAUUGCAGCACUCAAGCAUGGGUCUCAGCAGAGCAGAGUCCUGGUGACAACACGCAACCAGAUUGCUGCCCGUUCCUUAAACUCCAAUCAGAUAUUCAGGUUGCCAGAGUUGCCUCCGCAUGAUUGUUUCAUGCUCUUCUCUCGGUUUGCUUUUGCAAGAUGGGGCAGUUUUGAAGGAUGUGCCUAUCAAGAACGUGAUGUCAGGGCAGUUGAGAAAACAUGCAGAGGCGUGCCUCUCAUUGCAGAGACUUUAGGAGGGAUAGUAAGCUGCCGAAGAUCAGGGGAUUCCUACAUUGGUUUCUCAUCUUUUGAUCUUUGGGGACUAGAAGAUAUUCUAAACUUUUUGUGGCCAACUUAUUAUCAUAUCCCCCCUGCUCUGAAACUUUGUUUUGCAUAUUGUGCUGUCCUUCCGAGCGGCUUUCAAAUUCCGGAUGAUAAACUGAUGAAAUUAUGGAUGGCGCAAGGUUAUCUCGAUCUGGAGUCGAGUGAUGAAGAUGCGGAAGUUGUGGGUGAAAGGUACAUUCAAAAUUUACUGAUGAGAUCGUUGCUUCGGGUGGUUGCAAAGGAGGGUGAUCAGGGCGGUCAUGUUAGUAAAGGCUGCAGAGAGCUUGAGAUGCCUGAGGCGAUUCAUGAUUUCGCCAAAGUUUGUGCAGCAUCUGAAUGUUGCAGCGUCCAUGAUCCUGAUCAUUAUGAUAUUUCUCCACUGGUCAGUCAUUUGGUGAUUGACCCCUCUCAAGCGCUCCAUCUAUCAAUUGUUGAUUGGGCCCCGUGCCCUCAGGCUAGUGAUUCCAUCCAAAGAUGUAAGCGCCUACGCAGCCUCCUAGUCCAAUCCAAGAGGUCUUCAGGCGGCGGCGUGCUAGUUCGAAGAUUACACAGUUUGUUCACUCAAUUGACUCUUCUCAGAUCGCUAGACCUGACCGAUUGUACUUUCAAAAAGCUUCCAAGCUCGAUCGGUAAUUUGUUACUCUUGAGGCUUCUGAUCUUGUCCAGCAACAAGGACUUAGAAGAGUUGCCUGAAGAGAUAUGUGAGCUCUCCAAUUUGCUGACUUUUGAGGCUAACUGUUGUGAGAGUCUAAAAAUGUUGCCUAAAGGAAUAGGAAAGUGGGUCAGUUUGAGGCAUUUGGGUUACUUUCUUGAGUCAAGGAAGGCUUAUUUACCGAGAGGAAUCAGGAAGUUAAGUUGUCUUCGAACAUUGACGACGUUCAGUGUUGGCCAUCAUGAUGAAUCCGCUUCUUUGGCGGAUUUAGGGAACUUGAACAAGUUGAGGGGAAACUUUUGCAUCAAUGGGUUAGGAGAUGUCGCUGAUGUAAGUGAGGCUCGUGAAGCCCAACUUCAGGAAAAGAAAGCAAUCGUCGCAUUGGAACUGAAUUUUGAGAGAGAGGUAAUAGAAGAAAACCAGGUAAACAAUGAUGAACUCCUAAUUGAAGCUUUGCAACCGCAACUUGAUCUGGUGGAGUUAACAGUCAAGGGAUACAAGGGCCGUCAGAUAUUUCCUUCCUGGCUCGUCAUGUUACAUAGCUUGAGGAAGAUUUCUCUGCUCUUAUGUGAUAAUUGUGAGAGUUUACCGCCUCUAGGCAAGCUUCCUUGUCUUGAAGAACUUGACAUUUGUUAUAUGCCUCGUGUGGCAACCGUCGGUCCCGAGUUCUUAGGGAUGGAAGUUGACGGCCUCGCUGCAGAAUCCUCAUCAGCGGUAGCGUUCCCAAUGUUGAAGCAGCUCACCAUAAUUAAUAUGUUAAAUUGGACAGAAUGGAGGGAUUGGAGUGAAACUGCAGUUGUUUUCACUAAACUGCGCACAUUGUCACUCGGGGAUUGCCCCAAUUUGAAGGCGCUGCCAGAGAAGCUAUUGCGAAAAGCUUCUUUGGAAGAAGUUGAACUUCAUAUGUGUCCAUUGCUGGAGAAACGUUAUGGUUUUAGCAAGCUACACAAUGGAAACCGGUGGAGCUAUAGGCAAAACAUAUCUGACCUUGGGAAGCCUGCACAAAUAGCAGUACUCGAGGUUCAGAUUGGGUCUGAAAGGGAAACCAAUGACCAUGCUGAUAAUGGUAAUUGAGCAUGCAGCAUCAUGAUUCAUGAUUUAGUGGUGGCAAUGGUGUUCAAGUUCUUUUGGAGUAUGGAAAUUGGAAGGCAGAGGAAUUGAAGUCUUAGAUAUUAAGUACUGAUCUUUUGGAAUUUUAUGGUUGUAUUUCAGUUAGUUUACCGAUUUGAAUUGAACUUCAGAGGAUUUUUGGAGAGCGGGUUUUUCUUUUUGGAACUCUGGAUUGUAGAAUUUAUUUUAGGGAAGGUUUUGGAAUUUGUUGGUCAGUAUAUCACUAGACUUAAUUUUCAUAUUAACCGGAAACAUGGGGCAGGUCGGGGCAAACCCGCCCUGUCAUGGCCUAUAUAAUGAAGGCCCGUAGCAGGUCUUGGAGCGGGGCGGGUCAAAAUCCAAAAGAGCACUGCCCGCC